CCUACUAGAACAAAAAGUACUAUACAAUACAAUAUAACAUAACACAAUACAAUACAAAUACUCUUUAUUGGGGUAUGCACUCAAUAAAAGAAAACAAUACAAAAGAAAACUGAAACACAAACAGAGAUAGAGACAGACCAAGAUAAGUUGGCAGCGAUUUUAACAGCCCAGACAGUGUAGGUGUUAUUUUAAACGUUAAACUUCUAUGAAUAUGGGCUAUCACAAUCGCUGCCAACUUAUCUUGACUCUAAACAACAGGCGGUCUUAUCGCUAAAAAGCGAUCGCUUCCAGACAACCUUCUCAACCUCUACUAGGGAUUGUAAAUGAAAUAUUGUCUAACUUUUUUUUUCAACAGUUACCUAAUUAAUUAUUGUACCUAUUACUAAUGUUAGUGUUGGUUUACGGUCUUGGCAUUCAUAAGAUGACGUAAAUGAGUAAUUUAUCUACAUAUGUACAUACAUAUUAGGUGUACAAAAAUAGCUUUGACCUUGCUUGCUACUUGGACGGCCAGGGGUCAAGGUUGUAUUAGAUAUUGAUCUUGAAGAAUUAAUCACACUGAUAGGGUUAUUUAUCCGUGUCAUGAGUUUGGAAAUUUCCUGUAACUGCUAAAAUAUUAGUUUAAGGUUACUGACCGCUGCGAUUAGCUAUUUAAUUAAGUUUUGGUCCAUUAAUAUUAAUGUGUUUUUGCCGUUAAGUAUCCGCCCUACUUUAUAUCGAUUUCAUAUAUCCCUUAAUAUAAAAAUGGCACACAAAGUCAUAGUUCAUGGCUAUUGUUUAUACAGUUCAAAAAAGUUGAACAGAUAUGUCAAUCCUCAUCCCAUAGAAAAAAGACAAACCCUCAUCCCAUUCUAUGGGAGUUCAUAAAAAAUAAAUGCGAACGCGUUACGCGACUAUACAUCAAGCUCACUGCAAACAUUUUUUAUUACCUACUCUGUGGUAAAUCCCCUCCGCCCGCUGCCCGCCGGCGGAUCAUAAGCAGUGGGUAACAAGCUUUAGAUAGGGGUGCACGCUCGGUUUUUCGAAUUCAAAUGUGAGCAAUAUCCACAAGCAUGAGUAGGAAAUGCUGUUGCGUCUCCGGAUGUCAGAAGACGAAUUUAUCGAAUCCGGAAUGUACAUUUAAUCCACUCCCUACAGAGGUGUCUAGACAACAUGAGUGGCUAAAAGUUAUAGGUAGAUAUGAUUUGAUAAUUCAAGCUCGCAUACACCCUAAAAGUUUCUACGUCUGCUCGUCACAUUUCGAGGAUGAAGACCUAAAAUGUACCAGCCUUCUUUUACCCGGCGCUUUACCUAGCCGGCACCUCCCAGAAACAACAUUAACUGAUACACCAACACGCACCCAAACAGAUAAAUCUUCAUUUAAUUGGGGAAACGUCACUCUUGACCCACCAGACAAUCAAAAGGUUUUAGAAUUUAAAGAUGAUGAACAGCCUCAAAAUGAUGUCCCACUUGGAUUGCAAGACGAGCUUACUAGAAACAUGUGUAAAUUAAUGAAGGAGCAAACUAUAGUCGAUAAAGAUAGAAGUAGUAAGGAAUUCUUAUUUUAUGCGUUAAAUUUGUAUCUUUUGAAUCCACAAAUCUAUUAUUUCAUAAGAGAAGCAUUAAAUCUGCCGAGCGAAAAGAUUUUUAGACAAAUUAAAUUGAAGCUAACUCCAAAGCUAGACAAUCGAAUUUUGGAUUGCAUAUCUUCGAAAUUGAAAUCAUUUCCUGACAAAGCGAAAUACUGCACAGUUUGCAUAGAAACCGUUAAUUUAAAGAAUAAUAUGUACUAUGACAUAUCGAAUGACGAAUUAGUAGGUCUUCAGGAAAUAAACGGAAUAAAGACUGAUGAGUUGGCUCGUAUGGCGUACGUGGUCAUGCUGCGGAGUAUCCUGGUCAAGUGGGACCAGCCCGUCACCUACUGCUUGCUAGGCGGUAUUAAGCAUGUCGCGCAACUCGAAUCUUGGGUAGACGGAAUUAUCACUAGCCUUUUAGACAUUGGAUUCGAAGUUAUGGCCUUAGUUACCAACCAAGGAAGCGGUGUUAAAAAAUUUGCGACCGAAAUAAAAGGCAUAACGCCAAAGAAACACUAUUUUGUGGUAAAUAACAAGAAAAUAUAUUACAUUGUUGAUUUUCCGCAGUUGUUAAAUUAUGUAAGGACUAAUUUGGGUUCAAAAGACAUAAGUUAUAAUAAUAAAAGGUUUUCAUGGCAAUAUAUUGAGUCAUUGUUUCAACUGGAAAGCAAGAAGACACAUAAAAUUAUUCCAAAAAUAAUAAGCGGGCACGUAACGCUCCAUAAUGUAACGAAGAUGGCUACGGUUAAGUAUGCGGCAGAAAUCUUCAGUAACACUGUGUCAACUGCUAUACAUGCCUACGUAGAUACAAAAGAGCUACCCGAGGAAGCUAGAGAGACUGCCGACUUCUGCUUGUUUUUAAACAACCUAUUUGAUGUUCUGAACUCGAGCACAUACGAUAAUGACAAUAUUUACAAACGCGCUCUCGGUUCAAAUGAAUCUCAGAUGAAAUUUCUCCAAGAAGCUUUAAAUGUUUUUAGUAACUUACAAUGGAAGUUAGCUGAACACAAAAAAGAGACACAGAAAACGAAAAGAGGUAAAAAAGAAAUACCGCAUAACCAUCGUACAACAUUUCCGGAUGUACAGAUAACAAUUAAUUCGGUUAUAUCUAUCGCACAAGAUUUAAAUAAGCUUGGACAUAAGCGUUUGCUGACGGAACGAUUAAAUUUAGAGCCUUUAGACAAGUUUGCAGAUUUAGUAAGAGCUGUAUCUUCUAAACGCGAAACGAAGGAAGCUAUUAAGCCUUCUGCUAUUAAGUUUAGUAGAAACUUUUCCAAACAAUUUGUUAAGUAUAUUCUGACUAAGUCACCGCUUUCGAACAGACCAAGUGCUUUCCAGAAGUAUUUUGAAGAUGCGACCCGAUUGGAAAUAAAUAAAAUAACAGAUAUUCCAAGUAGGUCACUGAUAUUGUUAGGACAAGGAGAGACUGACUAUCGAAUGCAAUUACCCGAAGAUCAUCCGACUAUUUAUGUAGCCAGUUACAUAUUUUACAAAUGCCAAAAGGCGCAUAAUUGCAAUAUGCUUGAUUAUUACGUCUCCACAUUACCAGAUUUGGCGAAAACUAAAGUAUACGACGUUUACAACAAAAAAGCACCGUUUUACGGCAAACUUAAAUUGUUGACUUACCCAUUUAUUCGGUAUAUCGAGCAGCUCGAGCUUGCUUUUACACAGGUCUUCAAUAAAGGUGUUUGGUCGACUCCUGACCAUCCCGGGUCCCAAGCUUUUACCAAUCUGAGAACCAUACCUUUUCCAGAUCCACCUUGCAAGUGCUUCCCGAAGAUCUAUGCACUAAAAUUACUGAUCAGGCUGCGUAUAUAUAUCACACUGAAAGCGUAUAAUAAACGAAUGAAAACCCAGAACAUAAAUUUAAGUGAAUUUCUUUCAGAGUUGAAUAGAGGAUUGGAAGUGGUAAAAUAAAUGAUGCUAUUUUAAUCUC